GUUACAUAACAUCCGCCGUCACAUAGUCCGAGUCCAACAGUGCCGUCGUUGCUUUCAACAAUUCCUUGCAGCUCUACUGUGUGCCAUAUCAAGCAGCCAGUAAUGUCGGAAAUAAGACCUGCGCCAUCCGUAGAAGGAAUCUCGCACUCCUCGCACACUGGUAGUGGAAACCCUGCCAACGCCACCAAGAUAUCGCAGGAGGCCCAUUCAUCUUCGGAAAGCCGGCACAGCUCAAGUCCGAGCAUCGGCACACCAAGGGAGCAGACCCAUGGCAAACGCAUCCAGUGGGAUUUCUGGAUCAUGUUCUUCACUGCAAUUGGGACCUUUCUCGUAAUUAUCGUGCUCCUCAUCCGGGUUGAAUACGAGAAAGCUAUCAGCGACCGAUUCCGACCGAUUUGCUCGUCGGAGGAUCGCAUUUGCCACGGCGACAGUGCAUCCCCGGGUACUGGGGACGAUCUGCGCUGGCACGACGCAUUGCAGCAGUGUGAGGCAGAGGCGGGGCGGUGGAAGGCGGUGGCGGAGGAAUAUCGAGGCUUGAUCACAGCACUGGGCGUUGUGGCAGGCGGGCAAGAGGGAGAACCCGAUCGCGCUGGGCUGACGGAGGGGAGGCUGCGUGACGAGAUGUAGGACUCGGUGGGGCAUGGGCAGUGUACAUGGCAGAUUCUCCACAUCAGGUUCGGGAAUGAUAUACAGGCCCUGGCUGUGAGGAGUAAAAAUCACAUCGGAACCGAUCAACGGAUGCUAGCGGUGUAUGACCUGGUCUACACAAUCGUCAGGUUGGUUAGAAUCAAUGAAAGUUCCUCGAGGCCCGUCCCCUCCGGACUCUGUUCUAACACCAGUGGUAUGUGUAUACA